GCUAGGCCUGGGGUGUAGCGGUCGGAAAGGGGGAGAGGAGAGCAAUGGCGACGAGGGAGUCACACGAGGCGUCUCGCCGGGAGGAGGGGCGAGAGCACGACGCCCCUCGGGCCUCUCGGCGCGAGCGCGAGCGCGACACGCACGGGAGGCGCCCUCGCUCCUCGUCCAGGUCGCGGCGGGACGGUCCCAGUCCGAGGAGGAGAAGAGAGGAUAGGAGGCGUCAUGAAUCAGACAGAAGUCAUUACCACAGAAGUCGAGCUGAAGAAAGUGCUAAGGCAGGUGACCGUGACCAGACAAGGGAUAAGCCCUUGCAAGAUGCCGCCACCCAGCAGGAUGAUCCUUCGCGAGCGGAGGCGAAGUCCCUAGAUGAUGCCAGAAAUAGCUCUCCUGCCAGGCAUGACAGAUCUCCUAGGGGAACAAAAAGGUUUCCUGAAUCAAGAGAUGCUAAGCAUCCUCGAUCGUUCUUUCAGCACGAUGAACGUGGCAGUGCUGGGCAAGGUGGUCGGCGCUAUUACCGCCAGGCCAGUGACCGAGGAAGACAAAGGGAUGAAAAGGAGCAUUUUGCGGAUAGAGAGAGAAACAAGGAUGAGGGAAAGGUUAGGCGGUAUGAACAACAGAAUGAUGGUGAUUCUACAUGGAAGCAUGAUGGGUUCUUCCAGAUGGAAGAAGAAGCUCACCCCGCCAAAAGAAGGCCACCACCAUUUAAUGAGAUGGGCAUGCCACUGGAGGGGAAAGAAUCUGCUACCGCUGUUACAGAACCAGACUCAGGAUCACAUAAGCAUGAUCAAGAUGGACCCACCUCUGCAGUAGGUGAAGAAAGAAGAGAUUAUCACCCACGGGGAUUCGAUAGACAUGGGGGACCAUUCGUAAGGCCAGAUGGUCGAGGUAUGAGGAGGGGAUUCUCUGAUCACAGGAAUGCUGGCCAAAGAAAUGCCUAUGAUUCAUGGGGGCGUUUUGCUGGUAGAGGAAGGGGCAGAGAGAGAUUUAACAACUCAUAUGAUGGGCGAAACAGCAUGCACCAGGCGGUUGGUGAUCAAGCAGAAAAAUGGAAGCAUGACCUUUAUGACCAAACGAACAGAAGCCCUACCCCUAAGACCGAAGAAGAGCAGAUUGCAAAGAUUGAAGCAUUAUUGGCACUGUAGCUACCGUUUGCGACUGCUGUCUGGAAAUAUUUUGCAAUGGCAUCUACUUGGUGUCAUUGGUGUUGAAUGCUGUUAGACUAUCUAUUCCUGAUGCUGCGUCACUCAAUGCAGCUGGCAUAAUUUUUGGGUUGAAAAUGUUCUCUUCUUCCAUUUGGGACGGGGAAAAUGUGCUCGAUAUUCUCAGUUUACUUGAUGUACUAUCCAUGGAACUAAGAACGAGAGCAAACAAUUUGCCUCCCGUUAAAUUGCUUACCGAAGGCCAAAAUGUUCUUGUAAGAUGUUAAUGUCUAGUCAUAUUUUUGUUUGUUCCGGCUGUUUCUGGACU